AUGCCUCCGAAGUCCUCCGUUCCACGACCUGCGGCGAGGGUGGCCAAAGUGCUGCGAAACAGGGAGGCUGCCAAAGCAGCAUGCAAUACCUGUCGCACGAAAAAGGUUCGGUGCUCGGGAACAGCACCAUGCACUUACUGCAGCAAGCGUGGACUAGAUUGUGAGAUCUCAGAGCAGGGCCAGCGGCGGCUUUAUUCUAUCUCGCAGAUCCAAAAGCUUCGCGAACUGCUUGCACAUUAUGAAAAUGAUCAACCCCUCUUUCAAACCCACGGGUCGAGCUCCAAGACGCAGAACGCAAACGCAAAUGUACAAGGUUCUGAUGCUUUCAACCCUCACAUUCUGAGCACUCUCACCGAAACUGAAUCUCCUCGCCUGUUGGAGGUCGUUGUCUUCUAUAUCGGCCAUACGCAACAUCACUUCGAUAUUCGUGAAUUUUCCGACCGUCUUGGUCUAGACUUUGCCGAUCCACAUCAUGCCCGAUGGCGGAUUGAGCCCUGGCUCCUUGAAAUGAUGCUGGUUCUCGCCGUCGGUAAGCUAUUUGCCGGAGACUUUGAUAACGGUUGUGAUACUCCUGGAAGGAAACUUUUUGAUGAGGCACAUAAAAAUAUACCUGCGCUCAGUCAACUGAUUACACAUGGGAUUCUCGGAGUGGAGAUUCUCGCACUUGCUGCCGUCUAUCUUCAAAACCUGCAUCGGAAAGAUGAAGCUUGUUUCUACUACCGCACUGCGACUAGCUAUUUUGCUUGGUUUGCGUCGCAAGUCAGGAUCAAAGGGCCGUUUAAAGUCGGAGAAGGUCCACAUCAAUCGACUCUGGUGGACCAUAUAUAUGCAGGAGCGGUAAUAACGCCUGUUUUGGUGCGGGCAUUCUUAAAAGUUAUUGGACGGGCUGAUGAUUUCCCAGUAAUAUUCGGAUUUUUUGAUUUCGAUGCUUGCCUCUCAGCAGCUUUUGUGAUGAUUCUUUCAGCAAUCGUUGAUUCUCUCGUUUCAAGUCGAUGCGAGAGAACUGUCCCGUUUGGUCUGCGAGAUGCACUUGAUACUUUAGGAUUUUUGUCAGAUCGGGACAACCAUUUGGCAAAGCGUGGGCUACUGGAAGUUCGUCAGACAUGGAAAUGCUUUUCAGCAUAUCUCGAGAGACGUCGCGACACUCAACCGCAACCACGCAGCAUUGAAGAAGAAGCUUGUUCGUCAAGUGAAGUUCAUAUGACUGCUGACGAGCAGUCGCAUAACACCGGCGACGAAACCACUUCACACAUCCUUCCCAUCACUGAAAUCAAUACCAAUAUCGUCGAUAGACAUGACCCCAACGCAGGAGACAAUACUUUAAGUGGCAAUGACGGUUUAACUUCGGAGAACAGUGACCUUGGAGAGACGCUUCUUUCGGAUACCAAUCUGCUAGAUGACUUCGCGCAACUUUGGGGCGGGAUAACUGAAGGUCAGUUAUUGGCAUCAUUUCCCACUGGUGAUGGUCAGGCCGCUAUCCAUGUGUCAUUUUGGAACCUUUUACGUCGAUCAAUCUACUUCGAAAUCACUGAGAAGAAUCCAUUUAAAAUGGCCAAACCUAUCCCACACAUCAAAAUCGCCCUCCGCCGCUCCGCCGAGCGCGGCUACGCCGAACACGGCGGCUGGCUUAAAUCCCAUCAUACGUUCAGCUUCGCCUCCUACUUCGAACAUCAAUUCACACAAUUCGGUAGCCUCCGCGUCCUCAAUGAAGACCGCGUCGCUGCCCGAAAUGGCUUCCCGACUCAUCCGCACCGCGACGCCGAGAUUUUCAGCUACAUUCUCUCCGGGGAACUGACGCACCGCGACAGCAUGUUGAAGCGCGGCGCCGAAGGGCCCCAAGGCAACGACUUCUACCGCAUGAAGCGUGGAGACGUGCAAUUCACGACCGGUGGCACUGGAAUCGCGCAUUCCGAGAUGAACGAAUCCAACAAAGAGGUGCAUUUCUUGCAGAUUUGGGCGCUCCCGUGGAAACGGGGUCUGGUGCCGAGAUACCACACGAAGACCUUUACAGACGAGGAGAAGAGAGAGGGCUUUGUGACUAUUCUUUCGCCAUUGAAGGCCGGCGUUGAUGCCUCGGCUGCGCAGGAGGAGAAGGCUGAGCCGGUUGUCGACGGGACGAUUCCGAUCCACGCAGACUUUGUCAUGGGGGCGGGGAUUCUUACGCCUGAAAAGAUGUUUGAGUGGAGGGUUGGAGGAGGGGAGGGCGUUGUUCAGAAGAGAAAGAGGAACAUUUAUGUGCACCUGCCGGCGAGCAAGAAGGGGUCCGCGAGGGUAGAGCUGAACGGAAGGGAGGAUACAGUGCUUGAGGAGGGCGACGGCGCAUUUGUGACUGGGGCCAGUGUCGGGGAUUUGUUGAGGAUCAAGAGCGUUGGGAAUAGUGAGGCUGAAGUGGUGGUUUUAGAUAGUGAUUAA